CGCAGGAAGCCGGAAGCGCAGCAACAUCCACAGCAGCACUAGAGUGAAACUGCAGACAGCUCGACCUGAACCCCCGUACCAAGACUGAGAAUAAACCAACCAGACAUCAUGUUUUGGAGGCUUUUCUUCGUGACAAUAUUACUAGCCCUCUUCGGAUCGUUGACAAGCCAGGGAUUUACGCAGGAUGAAGACUGUGGUUCAUUGAAAUCCUGUGAAGCAUGUGGAAAUGUGACUCACUGCCAGUGGAUGCAGUGUCCAGAUGAAUCAAAGUUUUUAUGUUUUAAUGGCAGUGCUGAGAACCAAACGCAAACCAGCUGCUUCAGUGUGAACUGCACAACAGACCCGAGCCCAAGCCCGAGCCCGAGCCCGACCCCGUCAGUGAGCCCCACCACAAAUGCUACCACCAAUGCUUCCACAACAGGCCCGACCACAGCAGUUGUUCCGACUGGAAACAGCACCGUCACAAAUGUCACGUCCAUGUCUUCUACUGCUGCUCCUACUCCAUCACCUUCUCCAUCUAAAUCAUCCACAUUUGAUGCCGCCAGUUUCAUCGGUGGAAUUGUGUUAGUCCUUGGCCUUCAAGCGGUCAUCUUUUUCCUUUACAAGUUCUGCAGAUCCAAGGAUCGCAACUACCACACCCUGUAACACGCUGUCCCCUGGAGGCAACACAAAACCCACACUCCGACCCAAAAAAGAGAGACAGACACAUUGUACAAUACUCUCGUAAUUCCCCAUGUUUAACCUAACAUUUGACAUUUAAUUCCUGUGACUUGAGCUUUGUUUUGUUAAUGUUAAAGCGCUCACAAAUACUCGAGUUCAUUAACAAAAAUACACCCAACACAGAGUAAAUAUGCAUUGUGGGGUAUGCGAAAUGUGUCCUGCUUUCAAGUACAACCACAGCUGUCCGUAAAUGUUUAAUUAUAUGACAACACAGCUAUUUGUCUCCUCAAUAUCAUUGUGGUUCCCUUGAAAGGCAAUCAUGCCUGUGACAAUACUUCCCAACUUCCAGUGUUCAUUUCAGGUAACUGUACUAGAACAGUAUUUUAUAUAGUUGCCGUGACUGAUGGUUCUCAAUAUUCCACCAAGUCCUUACUCAUCAUCAUCAUCAUAAUCAUCAUCAUCAUGAUGUUCAGAAAUAAUAACUAUAUAGUUCUAGACUCGAUUUUCCCCAUUCAUUUCAAUUGUUUUUAUGCCUAUUCGUAUUAAUUGCGCCAACCAAGAAAGCCAAAAUGUUGCAAUAAAUUACAUUCCUCAGCUUAGUCCCUCACUGUUAACCAUCUACAGUUAGAGAACAUCAGUUCUUUAAAACUAGUUAAAUCCGGCAUCUCGCUCCCUUUUCUCCCUCAAAUGUGUCAGUGGAGUGUGGGGUAAUAUCAGAGAUGCAUUAUAUACCCAUAGUUAGCAUCCUGUCAUUCUGGCAGACUUGCCAGCAUUUCGGCCAUCUUAAGUUAUACUUUUGGGAGUUAAUGUGGAUUUGAAACAAUAGAAGCUCAGCCAAUCCAAUUCCACUAACACCCAAAAUGAGUCUUCAUUAGAGUUAGUCGAUUCUGCCGGACAUGCGAAUAGAACGGGGCACUAUGAGAGUGGAGGAUCCAUGAUCCCUUUCAGAAUGAUUGACAGUCAAAGUGCCUUUAGUUGGAGUUAGUGGCUUGCUGCCUCAAAAGUGAGCCUUAAGAGUGUGAAUGUGUUUGUGUUGGGCCUCGGUCGAGUCCAGGCUCUGUGUAAGUGUGUGUGCCUGUUUGUCCGUGGGUUUCUAGACACGCAUGCGUGCUUGUGUCGAUGAUGUAGAUCUAGUGUCUGCCAGCUGGACUGAUCGCUAUAUAUUACAGAGUAGAUAAUUAAAAGUUAAUUCAUUUGUUGGAUAAUAUGUCAUGGUUCCUAAAAGCUUCUCUCAGUUUUGGAGGUUUAUUUUUUGCUAGCGCAGAAACAUCGGUUCGGAUUCUAGCACUCCCUUUCAAAAACAGAUUGAUAUUUGUACAUAAUCAGAACUCUUUGACCAUAAACUGAAUCUCUGUAUUGUUUUAUAUAUAUAUAUAUAUAUAUAUAUAUAUAUAUAUAUAUAUAUAUAUAUAUAUAUAUAUAAAGGCACUAAAAUGUCUUAAACUGAGGUGUUAAUACUUCAGGGUGAUCAAAACAUGGUUGGACGUAGAUCCUGAUAUUUUUUUGAAGAAACUUUGUGUUAAAUACCCUAAAGAGAAUUGAAAUAUUCCCUAGAAUAGUGCAUUUAGGAUAUAUAUAGCUUAUUCUAUCAUUUUGUUUUUCUGUUGCUUUAAUUAUCUGAAGAUUUUGAAUAGAGCUGCUUCAGUCUCAUAAUUUAAUGCUUGGGUUUGAUUUUUUGAAAUAUAGUAACGAGUUUAGGUAGAUUUGAUUCAAAUACAGAAUGUCAAUUACAUUAUGCCUAAUUCCUGCCUGCGGAGCGUAUUUCGUUUUGUACUCUGUUCAUAAAAUAAUUUGUCUGGGUAGUGUGUUGCCUGUAUAUUUUUUCCCCCUUCAUUCCUGUGUUAUGAAAUUUGAAAUGUAAUAAUCUUAAUUAGUUUGAAGCUAAUAACUUCCUCUGCGAGUCAGAAUGUCAUUGGCUUGGGAAGCGAUUUGCGUUAUUUGGAUUGCAAAUUUUGUAAUGGCAGAAAUGAAUUGUUUUGUUUGGUGCGUGCUUUCAUUUUCAGCAUGCUUUGUUGACAUCCCAAUAUCAAAGUGUUUAAUUCCCAGCAUGUUUCUCAGAAGAUGACUGUUAAGGCCUCACUUUCUUUGUUGAAGCACUCUAAUUGCUUGUCCAUUGUCAUAUCACAGUGCUUAAAUGCCAACGGUGUCCAUUUUAGCAUGAGUCACUGAAAAGCUGCUAUAAUGCUUCACAAGCUUCAUCGUGCUCAUAGUGUAGCCAGAUGAAAUCCUAUUGUUUGCCAAAUUAAAAACACUUGUUUACAUAAGUUCAGACUGCACGGUGUUUCAGUAGUGUAUUCUUUUUCAAUAAUUAACACAAACACAAUUCCACAACAAUCCCAGUAUUGUGUGUUUAGCAUCAGGCUACAUCCUAAGAUCCCACUUAGUUGCAAAUAGAUUUUAGCUGUGCAUGCAAAGUGCUGUAAAGGACAUGCUACAUUUUCGGGUGAACUGUUUUAUCUGUUUUAAUUCCAUAUUCAGAGCUCUGUGAAGGAUGCUUGAGAAGGUAAAUGGCUCAAAAUCCCCUCACACUCAAGAGAAUUCAACCUAACGUCAAGUAGUCUAUGCCCUUGAUUUCUUAUGUGUGCAUGCGUGCAUCAGGUUUCCACAGAAACGGUUAUAACAAUGCCAUAUUCUGUCAUCGCUCUGAGCUAGUGUUUCAUUCCUUGCUGCACCUCUUGAAGAUAAAGUGCCUUAAUUAUUUAAGAUUAUAUAAAGAUUACUAUUGUCAUGAAGACUUGCACUCAAAGGGACUUGAAUGUUUUAGAGAAGCUUUGGUUUAUUGAAGUUGUGAGUGGAUAAUAAUGAGAGGUACAUGGAGUAUAGCAUCUUGCUUGUGCCACCAUUUUGUUAUCUAAUUGCUAAAAUUGAACUGAAUUAAUGUUUUGCUUGUUUUUUUUUUAAAUGACUGUAAUUACCUUUGGCCUGUUGUCAAGUAGUGCAUUUUUUUAUUGCUUCACAUAAACAUGCACAUGCCCCACAUACACUCUUGUCAAUUAGAAGACGCGUACUGUUGCGUCUGUGUCCAGAAAGUCUGCCUUAAUUGUUUUAUGCUCUAGUAUAACGUUGCUUUUUUUCUUUAGAAAUCUUUUUUUUCUUGUGUUUUCUCUCAUUUCGGAUCUGCAUUUGCAAUUAGGUUGGAAAUGUAAUUAAUUAAAGUUUGAGUAUUGUAAAACA